ACGUCUAACUAGCCUUUGGAGACGCCCAAUAACAAAUAGAAGAAGAAAGUUUCCCACUUUUUAAAUAAUGGAAUUGUCGUUGUAGAUUAUUCUUCUUGACAUGUGUUAAAAAGCGUCUUCCGAUGACCCAGUCCGUGGUGGUUCAGGUGGGCCAGUGCGGAAACCAGGUCGGCUGCAGGUUCUGGGAUCUAGCUUUACGAGAACAUGCCAGCGUAAAUAAAAAAGGAGUAUAUGAUGAGCCUCUCAGUAGCUUCUUCCGUAACGUGGACUUGAGGAGCAGCAGUGGGAGAUCAUGUGCUGUUGGUGGGAGGAUCCAGCAUCUGAAGGCCAGGGCAGUGCUCGUGGACAUGGAGGAAGGAGUGGUCAAUGAGAUCCUACAUGGACCACUGAGAGACGUGUUUGACAGCACCCAGCUUCUCACUGAUGUUUCUGGAUCCGGCAACAACUGGGCAGUGGGACACUUGACUUAUGGCUCGACCUACAGGGAGCAGAUCGUGGACAAGCUGAGGAAAGCAGCAGAGCAGUGUGACUGUCUGCAGUGCUUCUUCCUCGUUCACUCCAUGGGAGGAGGUACUGGCUCGGGACUGGGGACCAAAGUUCUCAGCCUGCUCGAGGAGGAGUUUCCUGAUGUGUGUCGCAUCGUCACAUCCAUCUAUCCCUCAGUGGAAGAUGAUGUCAUCACGUCACCGUACAACAGUGUGCUAGCCAUGAGAGAGCUGACUGACCAUGCUGACUGUGUCUUACCUGUGGAGAACCAGUCUCUGGUGGAGAUUGUGAACAAGAUCCAGCACAUGUCGACUAGUGGGAAGCCCAGUCUGGCAAUCAAGAAGGACAGCACCAUCAUAUCCAGUCACGGAGGAGCAGAGAAACCAUUUGAUGCCAUGAACAACAUUGUCGCCAACUUGCUGCUGAGUAUCACCAGCUCGGCUCGAUUUGACGGAAGCCUGAACAUGGACUUGAACGAAAUCGCCAUGAACCUGGUCCCGUUCCCUCGUCUGCACUACCUGGUGUCCAGUCUCACCCCGCUCUACACCCUGGCUGAUGUGGGCGUCCUCACUCGAAGCUUGGACCAGAUGUUCAGCGAUGCCUUCAGUAAAGACCAUCAGUUGAUACGAGCCGACCCAAAGCGCAGCCUUUACCUGGCCUGUGCUCUGAUGGUGAGAGGGAACGUGCAUGUGUCGGAUCUCUGCAGGAACAUCGAGAGACUGAGGCCUUCGCUGCCAUUUGUGUCCUGGAACCAGGAGGGUUGGAAGACAGGGUUGUGCUCGGUGCCUCCAGUGGGUCACUCCCACUCUCUGCUGGCUCUGGCCAACAACACGUGUGUGAAGCCCACAUUCAUCGAGCUGAGAGAGCGCUUCUCCAGGCUCUACAGGAAGAAGGCUCACUUGCAUCACUACCUGCAUGUUGACGGCAUGGAUCAGAGCUACUUUUCUGAGGCCAUGGAAUCACUCACCGCCCUGAUCGACGAGUAUCAGGGUCUGGAUGUCACGAAAGAGUCGCCAACACCUGAUGCCCCCAGACUCAGAAUCGCCUCCUGAAGGCAACAAUUACUGAACUCUUUUGUAUAGUUAUUUGUAGAAAUUAAGUCAUUUUGUCUGUCUGUGCUCAUCUCAAAUAUUUCAUGUACCGAUAUAUACAGUUUUCUAUUGAGUGCUGUUACGAGUCAUAUAUUUAACUGAAAGUUGAGAGGCCUGUGAGUGCGUCCACAAAUUACAAAAAUAAAAUAUGAAACUCAAUCUAAUUUAGAUUUUUUUUUUAAUUUUCAAAAACAGAAAAAGUCAUUUGGAGGGGAAUUGGUGAGUGAUGGAAUGUUGCUUACACUUUAAAAAAACAGUGUGUCUACGGUGUUGUCGAGUGAAGGAGGACAUUUUCAAUGUUGAAACUGUAACCUCGACAAUAAUAUACCUCUCUAGUUGGAUGUAACACCCAGAUGUUGAUAGUUAAUUUAGUAUUCAUCUGGUCAUCAAUUAUUUUCAGCAAGCAGUUCUGUCAUUUUUAUUUUCAAAUGAUAUCCUUAUAACAACAGUUUGUCAUCUUGUAGAAAUGUUACAAAUAAAUACAGUCAUAUGAAAAAAAAAAAAAAAAAAAAAAAGAAAAACAAAUAAUAAUAACUCAUGCGUGUGUUGCAUUUUUGUCAUAGGAAUUAUUAAUCCAAGCAAUUUCCGAGCAGUUUUGAGGGUUGCAAAAGAGAUAAAUAAGUGACGGCAUACAGUACAUGCAUUAUGUAUUGCAGAAGAAGACAAGAAGGUGAUACAAAAAUAAAGACAAUAUUAUAAUGUUCUUGAUCCGGAAAUCAUUUUUCUUUGUAAAAAAUGCGUGUGAUGGUUUAAGUGUCGAAAUAAAAUGACUGGGCUGGAUUUGAAAAAUAAAAAAAGUUGGUUUUAUGUCCAAUGAAUGACACUGGAAGUCAAUGAAGA